AUGGCGAAGAAACGAUCAUCUGCCUCAUCUAAGGGUAAACCCAGCAAAAGUUUUAAGCAGAAAAAGGGCAUCAAAGGAGGUAAAUCAAAUGCGCAGAAUUUCAAGAGAAAGAAAGCAAAGAGCAAGAAGAGUGAAGAAUUUGAUGAGGUUGGUUUAUUGAUUACUGAUUGGAACACAAGCCGUGUAAGGAAAUUUAACAUGUCGCAAGAUCGAAGACAGAGAAAGCUUUCCUCUGUCUUUUAUAAUGUCCCUUAGAGUUCUUAAGAAAGCUUAUAUACAAAUAGCCUGAUCUGUGGAAUUUUAAAUCCAUUUAUACAUACAUACAUACAUACAUACAUAGUUUAUUUGGUAACGCAGGUUACAGAAUACGCAAGACUGAAGUCCUGAUGGGGACCUGCCUAUCUACUUGUUAAAAACUAAAGUAUAUACAUGUGAAUAAAUAGAAAAUCAACAGAGUUUAAAUAAUAAAUAAUAAUAACAAUACAAAUAUAAAUAAGAUUAAUAAAGAAAUUCCUCAUUCCUGUUUCUUAUCAUGGAAGAUUCCUUAUUAUAGCUGAUAGAAUUAAUUAAGUCCUUGCUAGAUCUAAGUCUUUUUUUAAAACAUUCUAAGCUAGAAGACUUUUUGAUCGAGUCAGGAAGUGAGUUCCAAGCAAUGGCAGCUCUAUGCUUGAAAGUCAGCCUGCCAAUUUCUGAUUUAGGACUUGGAAAUUCAAUAUUCAUUGAUUUCCUCAGGCAGUGAGAUGAUUGUUUUAACAUUACUAGAUCAUUUAAAACAUUGGUAUUGCGUCUAUAGUAGGAUUUAUACACUUCUACUAACAGUCUCUUAGUAUAGUAAAAUGAUAAAUUGUUCCAGCCUUUCAAUUUAUUUAAUUGAUCAGCAUUCGAAUUCCUUGAAAGUUUAAAAAUAAGUUUAGAAGCUCGUAUAUGAGCACGCUCAAGAUCAUCCAUUAGUGCAGGUGAGCAGGAACCCCAUACUAGUAUUCUGUAUAAGACACUUGGAAGUACAGUCCUAAAAUAAAUGGUCUGUAGAAUGGAUGAUGGCAAUAUGACGAUCAAAGGAGCCAGGAGGGCCUAGAGUGUAGCAAGUUUUCCUUACUUUUCUUUUAACAUGAAAUCAGGAAUAUCAAAGUAACGAUCAAUAAUUAUUUAGUAUGAUUUAUCCGUAGCCGUUUUGAUUUAGGGUGCUGGUAGGAAACCUGAAUCCUUGUGCAAAACGACUUGCCUGAUUCCCCGAGAUGGGUCGGGUCACCCAUGCUUACCAGAAUGAAUUCCAUCAGAUGGGAGGCAAGGAGGAUGGGGGGAGGGGGGGGGGGGCAGUAUGUAGCCUUGAGCAACCUGAACCAUCUGGAAACAGGCUAAGUAACCUGACUAUGCCAAUAUGCUUUAUGGAAGUCCAAAUCUCAAUCCUCUGACCACACACAUUAAGAGCCAAAUGGUAAGACCUAUUGCCACUUCAAAUAAUCUUUUUUUAACAUGCCUGAUACCAUUUGGAAUAAUAUACAGUGUUCUUUGGUGAAGAACAUUGGUGAAAUUGUUUAUCAUAAUCCCUCACAAGCCCAUGUGAAUGAGAGCAGAUGAUUAUGUUACUGUUUCUACUUUUUACAGUGUAAAUGGGAAAAAUCUCUACAUGAUUGUAAUCAUCUGAAAUCUUCUUUUUCCUUAAUACUAUUUAUAAACUGUACAGUCAAGACAACUGUCUCUUAACAGACACAUGAGUGCAAAGAAUUUUGCCCUGACAUUACUCAGUCAAUUUCUUUUAUUCCCCUUAAAGGAAGAUACCUAUGUUAAACAGGUGCUUUAAGCUGUUGGCAUACUAUAAAGGGCUUACUGUAAUUUUACAUGGUACUUUUCUGAUCAAAAGUUGACUUUGUUCCGACAACAUUAGGUAGAAACUGGUGGACUAUAUAACCAUGAAGAAGAUGAAAGUUUUAGGCAGGACGAUGAUGCCGAUGAGGAUGCAGGGCUUGAUACAAGGGGACUUGUUUCUGAACACAACAAGAAAAAGAAGAAGUCAGGAGGCUUUCAGUCUAUGGGUAAAGUAAACUUGUGUUUUUUUAUUAGAAGUUGUGACAUCUUCAUGUACAUGUACAUGUACUGCCUCAACGAUUUCAAUAUGGCUACUGGUCAAAUUUGAUUUCAAGUUAAUAUUCUUUGAAUUUAUUACUCACAACAUUUGGCUUUUGCUCAAUGAGAGUUUGCUAUUUUGUCUGAGAUGAGCUAGAAAAUAUGAUAGAAUUAAAUAUUAUGUAACUGUUUACUUUCCAGGAUUGAGUUUUCCAGUGUUCAAAGGAAUUAUGAAGAAAGGUUACAGACUUCCUACACCAAUACAAAGAAAGGUUUCACAUAGAUUUAUUGAGAUUUAUUGAGAUUUAUCGAGAUUGACAAUGGAUCAUUGUUUCUGUUUUGCAUAAAAGCACUGGGUAAGUUUCCCAGCACCCAAGUAUACAGUGUAGAGCUGUGUAACAAGACACUUGCUUAAAUAUAAUGCAUGAAAAUACGUAUUUGUUUUCUUUUUACAUAGACAAUACCUGUCAUUAUGGAUGGUAAAGAUGUGGUUGCUAUGGCCCGCACAGGUAUAGUAUGAUAUAUUACUAUUUUUAUGGUAAUCUAUUGAGGAGUGCCACAGUCAUGACAAUUCUCACGAUGUCAGUCUGAAGCUUUCUCUGUGUGGACAUUCAGAGGGAGUUUGCUCCUGAUCUGUUAACAACACAGUAUGCAGAAGACUACUUUCCUGCUAGCAGCUAAUUUCCCUUUUUAGAUUUAAAAAUAGUAAUAAAUACACACCCCAAUGUAUGUAUGUAAGCUUUGAUUCAUGAUUUUUUCAGCUGCUAACGAUUGUCUUUUUGCCUUGUUAAUGUCUGUUAGGUUCUGGUAAAACUGCUGCUUUUUUGAUACCAAUGUUUGAAAGGCUCAAAGCACAUUCAGCAAAGGUAGAGAAAUCUGCACCAUGAACAAUCUUCUGUUGAUGUUGAUAUUAUCACAAGAUCCUGUUAUCAUAGUAAAGCUUCUAAUUUUGUACAUCUGUUAUAGACUCUACGAUUUUUGAGAUUAGAUCAAAAUUUUCUGCAGCCGAAGCUUUCUAUGUACAAUAUGGAUGCAGGUCACAGAACCCCAGGAAAUCUGAAAAACUCAAGGUCUUUUUUUAUUUUGUUAUGAUAAAGUAGAUACAUGUAUCUUCAGUGUUGCUUCUACAGCUGUAGGUUCAGUCUGCAAGGUAUUCCAUGUAUUGUUUAAACCUCUUGAAUUUUAUUCUCACAGCGCAAUUGGCACUACAAUCUGAUUGUGGCAUGGUUUUAAAAUUUCUGAGGAGUGUCAGAAUAUCAUGGAGGUUUGUUUUGAAAAAGGAGUAUGAAACCCUGUCUCUAUCAGGAAUGUAGCUAAGGAAAAGCUUCAUUCCAUCCAAUUAAGCUUUCUGCUUAAUCCCUGCUCUUUCAUGAAUGUGACUGAUAAAAAUUAAUAAACAUACACUGUAUUACGCCCUAUAUGCAGGUUGGUGCUCGUGGUUUGAUCCUGUCCCCUACUCGUGAGCUAGCACUUCAGACACUGAAAUUUACCAAAGAGGUAAUCACUGAGACACAAUUUGUUAUAUAUUUUUAAAAGUUCUAUUUAGUUAUUUCAGGAUGAUUUAAAUAAGGGCAUCAAAUGAUUGGGCAUGUUGAUCUCACUAAAUGUAUGUCCCAUUCCGUGUGAAUCAAGCCAAGCAACAAUCUUUUGAUAAUAAUUUAAGGCUAUCACUAAGAUUUUCAGGUUGCUAGGUACAUGUUAUGGGGAAUUGAACAUCUUAAAAGUUCAUUUGGUUAUUUUUUCUUUUGUUUCCCAUGAAAAUAGCUGAACACCUUGUUAUUACAGACAGUUUGCUUUGUCCCUGGGGAAAGAAAACUCUUACAUUUCUCUAAAUUCAACUCUCUUAAUACAGACACUUUCUGUGGCCCCCUCAUUGUCUAUUAACCUUUCAAGUCCCAAUAGUGACCAAGAUCAAUUUUCUCCUGACAAUAUCCAUACACUGUCAAGAGAUAUGUUAUGAGAAUAAAUAAAAUGAUCACCCAAGAGAAAAUGCCUCAAGUGAUCUUUUAUCAAAUUCUCUCAACUAAUUUGUUAAAGAAAUGUAUGGAGAUCAGUUUGGAGAAUUUGUAUGUUGAUACUGGGGCUUGAAGGAUUAACGGGGUUUGACUGUGUUCAUUAAUCAAUCUACUGGCAGCUCCUGCUACUGGUAAUUUCCAUAAGAUAAUUUUAUUAUAUUAUUCCCAAAUUUACAGCUUGGCAAGUUCACUGGAUUGAAGGCAGCUGUAGUGUUGGGUGGAGACAGGUAUGAUUUUAGGUUUUGAUACAAGCAGGUGGAACGACAGUUUUUUAAGCCCUUAAUGAAAGGUAUUUGGGUUCAAUUAAUUUUCUCCUUAGAGAUGGUUCAAGAACUGGUGUUUGAAAAUAUUCAUUUUCAGCUACACUUUGUAGCUCAAAGGGUAAAUGGGGUAGGUAAAUAAGAAAAUAUUUAGAAGCCUGUUCUGUGUUCUGCUCUGUUCUUACUCUAAUGUGCACAUAAAAUUCAUCAGAAAAAAAGAAACAAAAGAAAAACAUUGGUGGAUAGGCUUCUUAUCAUCUGCAUGACCCAUAGGCUUGUUCACAAGUUAAAUGUGAGCGGAGAAGUGGAACGAAAACAUGAAGACUGAGGCUGAGAUGUGAGAAAGAAUUCAAAAAUUGAAACAAUAAUGGCCACCUCUCAUUGUUUCCCAAUAGUGGUGGCUUUUUGCAGGAGAGACUCGCAGAAUGUUGUUAGCUGUGGGAAGCAAUGGGAGGCAAUUGUAUUUGUACAAUGUAGGUUAAACUCUACGUAAUAGGAUUGAUUCUAAAUUUAGUACCUUUCACAAAUCACCCUUUCGUGAUUGUUGUUUUCAGGAUGGAGGACCAGUUCGCAGCUUUACAUGGAAAUCCUGACAUGUGAGUCCCUUAGAACAGAAACCAUAAUAAUAGGCUAUCAAGGUGGAAGACAGUCACUUGAGUUUCACAUCUCUGAGCGAUCAACAGAGCCCUGUGUCAUUGGAAGUACAAGAGAUGAAAUUUAAAGAGGAUGGUCAGAGGGGACAUCUUACAUAGCCUGUGAACAGGCUCUCUGUUCUUUUUGGGGAAAAAAAAAGACCAAAGGCCUGUUCACAAGCUACAUCUUAAUACAUACAGCUGUAGCUCUGAUUGGCUGUGUAAAAAGUAUUAUUUUUCAUGAAAUCAUUAUUUUAGAAUUUAAUCCAGGUUUCUUGUUAAAAAAGAUAAAAUUAAUUUAAUGGCAAUUCAGAUUUAGAGGUUCGCUGACCAAUACAAAGUGAUUUGAAUGUCAAAAUUAUUGGAUUCCAUAUUGACCCUGUCCCUUUAAAAAUCAGUAUUCCGGUAUAUUUACUUAUUGAUUGUUUUAUUGGUAGUAUUGUGGCCACUCCAGGGCGGUUUCUGCACGUUAUGAUGGAAAUGGACUUAAAACUAACAUCAGUGGAAUAUGUGGUGUUUGAUGAAGCCGACAGGUAUGAAUUCAGUAAAAAGAAUCAUUGAUCGGCCCAGUGUUUAGAAAUUUCCUUUGAAAAUUAAAUGUUGUGUGGAAAAAUAUAACAUUGUAUUUGCAUCUGACCAGUGGCUGUUGUCGAGGACCAAACGGUUUUUAUAUAUUUCAAUAAUCAAAAUUGUUUUUUGUUACUCUUAGACUCUUUGAGAUGGGAUUUGCUCAACAACUUCAUGAGAUCAUUCAUCGUCUUCCAGAUUCUAGGUAAGGUAACGAAUGAUAGAGAAAUGGCUUCUAUGUGAUUUUAUUUAUUCAUGAGAAUUCAGGCGAGAUCAGGAAGAUCUUACUUUGUUGUCAGUGCCUUUUCAAGACUGUGUUAUGGAAAAGAUAAAAUUCUGUUCUAAUGCGGGCUGUUGCAUAGAGGAAAAAAUUGUUUAUAAUUCAAUGAUUGUUCGUUUAUUCCCAGGCAAACUCUUCUGUUUUCUGCAACCCUUCCAAAGUUGUUAGUGGAGUUUACCAAAGCAGGUAUUUACGUUAUGUGCAUGUAAACUUCUUUACUUUUUUAAUGAUCUUAAUUUUUGCGCGGAUGCCAUAUUAAACUUGGAAGAAACGGUUUAUGGUCAUCUCUCUCAAAGACGGUCAAGAUAUCGCGACACCAGUUAUUUAGUUAAAGCUGAACCUAUACGUAAUGAGUACACGUCUGUUUAACUUGCACAAAACAGCUAAAACUGGAACAGUGUAACAGAAAAGUGGAAUUGUCUUCUUCAUUGUGAAGUCAGACGCUCAUUACAAGCCAACGUUCAUGGCUUCGUAGUCUAAAAGGGUAACACUCACUCUGCGAACUGGAACAAGACAAAAAAAUAUCAAACAUUAAAUUGCAGUUUACUACAGACCCCUACAUUUCCGUUUCGAGGUAUUUUUCACCACAUUAAGUACUUCCCAAUUGUCCAGUGACAGUUCCAAAAGUGUCCGUUGUCCGUCUGAGAGAGGUGUCCGUCUUAUAGAAAGUUUAGUUACAGUAAAAUCAUUGAAAAACGACAGGGACCAACACUAGGUGUCAGUCCUAGAGAGAUGCCCGUCUUAUAGAGGUGUCCGUUAAGGAAGAAUUGACUGUAAUUAUUUUUGCUCAGCAGUAACAUAUGUACUGUUCUUUUUCAUCAUUAGGUCUUACUGAUCCUGUUCUUAUACGAUUGGAUGUAGACUCAAAGCUAUCCGAACAGCUUAAGGUAUGAACAUCGGUAAUAAACUCUGAAAAUCGUUACAAUUUUUCGAAAUACCCUCGGGCCCUCUUCGGAAAUCUUCGAAACUUCGGACGUAUACUUUAAAGUCUUCCAAAUACUUCUGCUCAUAGAAGGGGUUGUGUUUGCUCUUCUCUAUCGUGCUACUGUCGCCCAUUAAGAAUCGAUAUUAAAUCUUCUUUUUCUCAAUCUUACAUUUUUUCUCUCUCUCUUUCAAAGUUGGCGUUCUUUUCAUUGAGAUCAGAUGAUAAACCUGGUAAGAAACUGUACUAUUCAUCCUAAAUUUAUAGUUCUCUUUAGAACAGGAAAUUUGCUUCAAUGUGUUUAAAGCGAACUGAUUGUCUCGAAGCUACAAAAUAAGCAAAACGAUUUCAAUAAAGGUUAGUUUCCGUCGUUAUUACUGAAAACAAAGUAUACUUCAACGAAAUAAAUCUUUGUUACCGGGUAACGCAUGAACCCGAUCUUUAUUUUUUGAAAGGUUAUUCUAAGUCUAUUAAGCCUGCAUGACUUUCUUUUAGCUGUUUUGCUGCAUAUUCUUCAAAACCUGAUCAAACAGUCGGAACAGACGCUCAUAUUCACAGCUACAAAGCAUCAUGUAGAAUACUUGAAGGAGGUAUUGUAUAAAGUUGGUUAGUUUUGGUUUUGUUGUAAUAGUUCAUGUCGCUGUCGUUUUCUGGGCAAAAAUCAUUUUAUCCUGUUUUAUUUUACCGUGUAUCGUAAUAUCGCCUCGGAUAUGGCACAAGAACUUGGUUUAAUCCUAAAGUACUGUUAAAAAUAAAUGAAAAAAAAUAAGUGAAAUUACCUUGUGUACAUUUUAGUGGUAGCAAUUCCACUUUUGGGCGGGCUGGCACCAAGAUUUCGAAGUGCCGGGCACAUGCAUUCGGCAGGUGCGGGGAGUUAAACAGCUAAGAAGUUUUUUUUUGGUUCCAUUGAUCUAGAUCGAUGAAUCGUUAGAUCGCUAGAUCGAUGGAUCGUUAGAUCGUUAGAUCGAUGGAUCGUUAGAUCGCUAGAUCGAUGGAUCGUUAGAUCGCUAGAUCGAUGGAUCGUUAGAUCGCUAGAUCGAUGGAUCGUUAGAUCGUUAGAUCGAUGGAUCGUUAGAUCGCUAGAUCGAUGGAUCGCUAGAUCGAUGGAUCGUUAGAUCGUUAGAUCGAUGGAUCGUUAGAUCGCUAGAUCGAUGGAUCGUUAGAUCGCUAGAUCGAUGGAUCGUUAGAUCGCUAGAUCGAUGGAUCGUUAGAUCGUUAGAUCGAUGGAUCGUUAGAUCGCUAGAUCGAUGGAUCGUUGGAUCGUUAGAUCGAUGGAUCGUUAGAUCGCUAGAUCGAUGGAUCGUUAGAUCGUUAGAUCGUUAGAUCGUUAGAUCGUUAGAUCCCUAGAUCGAUGCAUCGUUAGAUCGCUAGAUCGAUGGAUCGUUAGAUCGCUAGAUCGAUGGAUCGUUAGAUCGAUGGAUCGUUAGAUCAUUAGAUCGCAAGAUCGCUAGAUCGAUGGAUCGUUAUAGAUCGUUAGAUCGCUAGAUCGUUAGAUCGCUAGAUCGUUAGAUCGCAAGAUCGAUGGAUCCCUAGAUCGUUCGAUCGCUAAAUCGAUGGAUCGUUAGAUCAUUAGAUCGCAAGAUCGUUAGAUCACUAGAUCGCUAGAUCGCUAGAUCGAUGGAUCGUUAUAGAUCGUUAGAUCGCUAGAUCGUUAGAUCGCUAGAUCGUUAGAUCGUUAGAUCGCUAGAUCGUUAGAUCGCAAGAUCGAUGGAUCCCUAGAUUGUUAGAUCGCUAAAUCGAUGGAUCGUUAGAUCAUUAGAUCGCAAGAUCGUUAGAUCACUAGAUCGCUAGAUCGAUGGAUCGUUAGAUCGUUAGAUCGUUAGAUCGUUAGAUCGUUAGAUCGUUAGAUCGUUAGAUCCCUAGAUCGAUGCAUCGUUAGAUCGUUAGAUCGCUAGAUCGAUGGAUCGUUAGAUCGCUAGAUCGAUGGAUCGUUAGAUCGAUGGAUCGUUAGAUCGAUGGAUCGUUAGAUCAUUAGAUCGCAAGAUCGAUGGAUCGUUAUAGAUCGUUAGAUCGCUAGAUCGUUAGAUCGCUAGAUCGUUAGAUCGUUAGAUCGCAUGAUCGAUGGAUCCCUAGAUCGUUAGAUCGCUAAAUCGAUGGAUCGUUAGAUCAUUAGAUCGCAAGAUCGUUAGAUCACUAGAUCGUUAGAUCGUUAGAUCGCUAGAUCGAUGGAUCGUUAGAUUGAUGGAUCGUUAGAUAAUUAGGUCGCAAGCUCGUUAGAUCGCUAGAUCAAUGGAUUGUUAUAGAUCGUUAGAUCGCUAGAUCGAUAGAUCGUUAGAUCGUUAGAUCGUUAGAUCGUUAGAUCGCUAGAUCGUUAGAUCGCUAGGUCGAUGGAUCGUUAGAUCGUUAGAUCGCUAGAUCGUUAGAUCGCUAGAUCGUUAGAUCGCUAGAUCGUUAGAACGCUAGAUCGAUGGAUCGUUAGAUCGCUAGAUCGCUUGAUGGAUGAAUCGUUAGAUCGUUAGAUCGCUUGAUCGAUGGAUCGUUAGAUCGCUAGAUCGUUAGACCGAUGGAUCGUUAGAUCGUUAGAUUGUUACAUCGUUAGAUCGCUAGAUCGUUAUAUCGCUAGAUCGAUGGAUCGUUAGAUCGUUAGAUCGCUAGAUCCAUGGAUCGUUAGAUCGCUAGAUGGUUAGAUCGUUAGAUCCCUAGAUCGUUAGAUCGCUAGAUGGUUAGAUCGCUAGAUCGAUGGAUUGAUAGAUCGUUAGAUCGCUUGAUCGUUACAUCCCUAGAUCGAUGGAUCGUUAGAUCGCUAGAUCGAUGGAUCCUUAGAUCGUUAGAUCGCUAAAUCGUUAGAUCGCUAGAUCGAUGGAUCGUUAGAUCGCUAGAUCGAUGGAUCGUUAGAUCGUUAGAUCGCUAGAUCGGUGGAUGUUUAGAUCGUGAGAUCGCUAGAUCGUUAGAGCGCUAGAUCGAUGGAUCGUUAGAUCGUUAGAUGGCUAGUUCGUUAGAUCGCUAGAUCGCUAGAUCGAUGGAUAGCUAGAUCGUUGGAUCGUUAGAUCGCUAGAUCGUUAGAUCGCUAGAUCGCUUGGUCGUUAGAUCGCUAGAUCCUUAGAUUGCUAGAUGGAUGGAUCGUUAUAUCGCUAGAUCGAUUGAUCGUUAGAUCGUUAGAUCGCUAGAUCGAUAGAUCGCUAGAUCGUUAGAUCGCUAGAUCGUUAGAUCGCUAGAUCGCUAGAUCGCUAGAUCGAUGGAUCGUUAGAUCAUUAGAUCGUUAGAUCGAUGGAUCGCUAGAUCGCUAGAUCGCUAGAUCGUUAGAUCGCUAGAUCGAAGGAUCUUUAGAUCGUGAGAUCGCUAGAUCGUUAGAGCGCUAGAUCGAUGGAUCGUUAGAUCGUUAGAUGGCUAGUUCGUUAGAUCGCUAGAUCGCUAGAUCGAUGGAUCGUUAGAUCGUUGGAUCGUUAGAUCGCUAGAUCGUUAGAUCGCUAGAUCGCUUGGUCGUUAGAUCGCUAGAUCCUUAGAUUGCUAGAUGGAUGGAUCGUUAUAUCGCUAGAUCGAUUGAUCGUUAGAUCGUUAGAUCGCUAGAUCGAUAGAUCGCUAGAUCGUUAGAUCGCUAGAUCGUUAGAUCGCUAGAUCGCUAGAUCGCUAGAUCGAUGGAUCGUUAGAUCAUUAGAUCGUUAGAUCGAUGGAUCGCUAGAUCGCUAGAUCGCUAGAUCGUUAGAUCGCUAGAUCGAAGGAUCUUUAGAUCGUGAGAUCGCUAGAUCGUUAGAGCGCUAGAUCGAUGGAUCGUUAGAUCGUUAGAUGGCUAGUUCGUUAGAUCGCUAGAUCGCUAGAUCGAUGGAUCGUUAGAUCGUUGGAUCGUUAGAUCGCUAGAUCGUUAGAUCGCUAGAUCGCUAGGUCGUUAGAUCGCUAGAUCCUUAGAUUGCUAGAUCGAUGGAUCGAUUGAUCGUUAGAUCGUUGGAUCGUUAUAUCGCUAGAUCGAUUGAUCGUUAGAUCGCUAGAUCGAUAGAUCGCUAGAUCGUUAGAUCGUUUGAUCGCUAGAUCGUUAUAUCGCUAGAUCGUUAUAUCGCUAGAUCGAUGGAUCGUUAGAUCGUUAGAUCGAUAGAUCGAUGGAUCGUUAGAUCGUUAGAUCGCUAGAUCGUUAGAUCGCUAGAUCGAUGGAUCGUUAGAUCGUUAGAUCGCUAGAUCGUUAGAUCGAUGGCUCGUUAGAUCCUUACAUCCCUAGAUCGUUAGAUCGCUAGAUCGAUAGAUCGUUCGAUCGUUAGAUCGCUAGAUCGCUAGAUCGAUGGAUCGUUAGAUCGUUGGAUCGUUAGAUCGCUAGAUCGUUAGAUCGCUAGAUCGCUAGGUCGUUAGAUCGCUAGAUCCUUAGAUUGCUAGAUCGAUGGAUCGAUUGAUCGUUAGAUCGUUGGAUCGUUAUAUCGCUAGAUCGAUUGAUCGUUAGAUCGUUAGAUCGCUAGAUCGAUAGAUCGCUAGAUCGUUAGAUCGCUAGAUCGUUAGAUCUUUAGAUCGCUAGAUCGAUGGAUCGUUAGAUCAUUAGAUCGUUAGAUCGAUGGAUCGCUAGAUCGCUAGAUCGCUAGAUCGUUAGAUCGCUAGAUCGAAGGAUCUUUAGAUCGUUAGAUCGUUAGAUCGCUAAAUCGUUAGAUCGCUAGAUCGUUCGGGAUCGUUCGGGGAAAAUCCCCACUCCCCGGCCUCUAGUGACACCUCUUGGCUCCGUCUUCACCUACUUUCCCUUCUUAACUUUUAAACCCUCUAAUUCAUUAGGAACGGCACUGAAAAGCUUUGUUACGUGAAGUGUUUUUGUUUUAGUAUAGGUAUGUUAUGCAUGCACUUGUCUUUCCCCGCCACGACCGUAGCUUUGCAGCUAUUUGCGGGGCAAGCUAUUUAACUGCUAGUAUAUGCAGGAAUGAAAUUGUUGUUGUUGUAAAGCAAUUUAGCUAUGAUUUGUUGAUCCAUUUAAGACUUCGUAAAACAUAUUAUAUAUGCAUGCAAAUUAUUAUUAUUAUUAUUAUUAUUCCACUAUUCCAGUACUAACAGCAUUGUGUGCUUUGCCUCAAAAUGUUUAUAUCAGCUGCUCGACGCUGCUGGAAUAGAAAGCUCGUAUGUUUACAGCACACUCGAUCAAGCAGGUCAGUAUCUGUUCUGGGUAAAAUAUGUUCUUAGGUUAAGGUGGCUCCGUAAUUAAUACAAGAGCAUUUUGCUGUGACAAAUUUUCCGUCAUAACUUUUUGGUUCUUAAUGCGAUGCCUGCGAAACUUUGCAAAGAACAACAGAUACCAUUCGGCAAUACUACGGAAUAUUCCGAUUUCAUUGAUGGUAAAUAUUCCUUGAGAAAUUAGCGCUUAAAAGGACCCUAAUGUUCAAAGAAAAUCGCGCCUAGUAAAAAAUUUUGCUGAUAUUUUUUACUGAAAUUUCUGGUAUCGGCUUUAAUUGAUAUAAUAAAUUUGCCAGAGGAAUUUCAGAAAAAUCGUUGGAGCAGAAGUCCGUAACUAAAAGUCGCUCAAAAUUCAGCUGCGAAAUUGAGCUAAAUUGUUUUUGGAAUUUCAAAAAUAAAUUACUAUCAGGUAGAAGGAGCCACCAGUUUGAAUUUUCGGGACAAGUAAAUUCAAUGUUUGCUUAUUCUGCAAACAAAAGCCGAUUGCCUAUCGUGCUAUUCUUUAAAAGGUACUUUUCAGUUUUAGAAGCACUAUAAAUUGCUCCAAACCUUGCUCUGAAGUAGAAUGACUUGUUCUUCGACAUUUUUAAAAUAUCCCUUUGCAGUUUUGGCUCAAACUCCUGCUGCAUACAUUUUGAUGUAUUGCAAUGCAUUUUCAACGACUUUUACUGCUGUUCGUUGCUUCCAACUCAGGAAAAAAGUAUUGAGAUUGGACGCUACCUCGUAUCAGAGCUCAGAUAGAACUGUCCUGCACCUUUGUUUAUGACUACAAAAUGAGCACGAGCGGCAGUUCUGCGAGGAAUUCGCACCUCACCCAGGGGGGACGAACGACAAUGAUGACCAUGCCUGUGAACCGAAUAACAUCACAGUGCAAAAUAAAAUUAUCGCAAAAAUACUGCCCGUGAAUAAAUUUACAACUCUGAAAUUUUUGUCACUUCUUCCUUCAAUGAAUGGGUAUUUUUUUUCUUGAUUAUUAUGUUUUGCUCUGCAAUACAUGUUUAUACAGAUCGGUUCACAGACAUGGGCAUCAUUGUCAUUCGUCCCCCCUGGCUGAGGUGCGAAUUCCUCGCAGAGCUGCCGCUCGUGCUCAUUUUCUCGUCAUAAACAAAGGUGCUGGACAGUUCUAUCUGAGCUUCGAUACAAGGUAGCUUACAAUCCCAAUACCUUUUUCCUGAAUUGGAAACAACGUACAGCAGGAAAAGCCGUUGAGGAUGCAUUGCAAUACAUCAACAUGUAUGUAGCAGGAGUUUGAAGCAAAACUGCCAAGGGAUAUUUUAAAAAUGUCGAGGAACAAGUCAUUCGACGUCAGAGCAAGGUUUGGAGUAAUUUAUAGUGCUUCUAAAACUGAAAAGUACCUUUUAAAGAAUAGCACGAUAGGCAAUCGGCUUUUGUUUUCAGAAUUAGCAAACAUUGAAUUUACUUGUCCCGAAAAUUCAAACUGGUGUCUCCUUCUUCCAGAUAGUAAUUUAUUUUUGAAAUUCCAAAACAAUUUCACAGCUGAAUUUUGAGCGACUUUUAGUUACGGACUUCUGCUCCAACGAUUUUUCUGAAAUUCCUCUGGCAUAUUUAUUAUAUCAAUUAAAGCCGAUACCAGAAAUUUCAGUAAAAAAUAUCAGCAAAAUUUUUUACUAGACGCGAUUUUCUUUGAACAUUAGGGUCCUUUUAAGCGCUAAUUUCUCAAGAAAUAUUUACAAUCAAUGAAAUCGGAAUAUUCCGUAUUAUUGCCGAAUGGUAUCUGUUGUUCUUUGCAAAGUUUCGCAGCCAUCGCGUUAAAAUCGAAAAAGUUAUGACGGAAAAUUUGUCACAGCUAAAUGCUCUUGUAUUAAUUACGGAGCCACCUUAAAUCAGUCUAACCUAGGUAAUUUCCUUUAUACACGAGUGCUAAUUACUGAUCGAAGACCAAACAAAUUCUGGUUUAAACGAACGUAUUUAACUAGAAACAUGUCCAGUUGGUGUUUUGUAAGGCUUUGUCUUAAUUAGCCCGGCCUGCGAGUAAGCUCGCCGUUAUUGGGCAAGCGAAGCGAGCCGAGAGGGUACGCGCGAAGCGAGCCGUGGAGGUACGCGCUAGCGUUUCCUGUUUUGCUCGCUCGUUCCUCCAACUGGAGAGCGUGCUCUCAGGCGACGUCUUGAGUGGUUAGUGACUCGACUUCAGCCUGGCUGUUUUUCAAUAGUUGGAGAGAAGCGGAUCAGUAUAGAAUGCUUAUACCUGGGGGAUUUGCGGUGGAGUGCAUUGAACUUGAAUCCUCGUAGAUGAGAAAAUUAACUGUUUCUAGUUAUCACGGGUAGAUGAUGAUAGCGUCCAUUCAGGAAGUGCUCGAAGUGAACUAAAGCGACCGUAAAACGGGCUACAAAAACGUGCAUCUCGUUUCGAAACAUUGCUACAAAACGAGUUGAAAAGCGACGUUACGCGUUGUACAGCCCACGUUUAAACCUUUUUCGUACCAAAUCAGGUAGCUGCAAGAGUCAAAUAACUUGCGAAUGACACUUUAACAAAUGCUUGUUUACUUUUACAGCAAGGAAGAUUAACAUUGGCAAGUUUCAACAUAAGAAAACAAACGUUAUGGUGGUUACAGACGUGGCUGUAAGUAAAAGAGUAUUGUUUCGUAGGUAAAACGUCGAAGAAAUGCUCCAGAUUGUCUUAAAAAGUAAUGUGCAUUAUAGAGAGUUUUUACGUCCCGCAAAAUGAAACAGUUUCCCUUGAUUUCAAAUACAUGUAGUGCUUUAAAAUUACAUAUUUCCACGAUGAAUUGUUAGAGCCAAAGGACGGUUGUUCACUCGCAUAAUUUCACAGAAUUUGUUAAACAUUCUUUAAAUAAAAGCGAGAAGAUUCAUUGGUAGUGAACUGAAGUUAACUUAGUUUAGGAGGAUGCUUAUUUAGUAAAAAAAGCUCAUUACCGGAUUGAGGUUUAAUUUUGUCUUUGGUUUUGUCUUUUUUUAAUAAUUUCCUUUUAUAUUGUGUGCAUGGUAAGGUAUGACAUUGGUUUACAACAAAAGAAAAAAGAUUGAACCGAGGAUAAAAUUUAACCACGUUAUAUCCGACACUGUUUUUUCUGAGCCUCCAACGGGUAGAAUUCACUACUCGCUUUUACCAUACUGCCGCUUUCAUUGCAAAACGCUGACGAGCAUUCGCAUGUAUUUGUCACCAGGCCCGUGGAAUUGAUAUCCCAAUGUUGGACAACGUGAUAAACUACAACUUUCCCGCCAAACCCAAACUUUUUAUCCACCGGGUUGGUAGGUAUAGUCUUUGAUUUCUUAAAUUCCUUUAUUCUGUUCUUUGAAACGAACUGGCACUUGAAAGACAACUUUCGUUGCUUGCUUAUUCUUGGUUGUAGUACAACGUAUUGUUUUAUCUCUUAGUGCUCGGCCGAAACAGCCAAAAUAAAGCUAGUGGAGUCGAAGUAAGCUCUAAAACAAAAAAUGGGGUUGUUCUAAGGGAAUAGAAGACUGCUGAAAUGUGAAAACUUUGAUUACCGGUUUUAAUUUUUUAUUAUUAUUGUUGUUGAAGUCUUUUUAAAGUUACCUUACACAGUAAAAGGCCAAUAGUAGACAAUCCGACGCUAGAGUUUAAAAAAGAACGCUUCAGUUAUCGAGUUUGCCCCCUCCCUUGUCCUGUUCACAACAUUAAUGAUGACAAAACUGUUUUUAUUUGUUCAAGGUCGAGUAGCAAGAGCUGGACGGAGUGGAACAGCAUAUUCUCUUGUUGGUAGCGAUGAGGUAAAUUUCUUACGAUUCUUCUUAGAUUUACAAUAAUCACCAGUUUUUGCUUUUUGAUCUUUGACGAUUCUACCCUAGGUGGAAAAGACUUUUCAUGCGCGGUUUCCGGUUUCGGUGAAGUGUUUAUAGUGACUCUCGCGAAAAUUCUGUACCCGUCGUCAUUAUCGUGCACGAUGUCAACAUAGUCCCAAAACAAACUACGAUGUCCAAAAUAGGGAGCUCUGGCUUUGACGACAGCGAUGGAAGCAAAAAAUUUGUGGAAUACAGCAACCUUAAUUUACAGAAUUUAUAGUACUAAGGCAGCGUUCACACGUAAGGCCCGGCCACGAUGCUCGUGCAUAGUACUCACUAUAGGAACUAAUGUGUACACACUUUUUUCACGUACAGUACCCAACCUAGAAUUCAGGCACACUGUCGGUACUCGGGCACAAAAGUGGACAAUGGGUGCCUGUUUGUAAUCAUUUUUGUUAGUUCUGGGGCAGUCCACUGCUUUGUAUUCGCUGCUAAACUCGUGUUUCAAAAUGGCGUCUGACAUGGCGAAAUGGAGAAGCUAUGCACACAGUAGUAGGAGUAGCUACACCGGUACCCAGGCACUGGUUCUCGGCCACCAAUCGUGGGCAGCCCGUUAGUUGUUCUGUUGCUCACACAACAGCCUUUCACUUUUCAGCGACUUGAAGAGUCUUUUAGGAAGCCACGUGACACAAGCGUGCGUGAAAUUCAUUGUGGAAGGUAUUCUGCCAAUUUCCUUCCACUCUUCUUUAUCGCCAUCAUAAUAUUCCACAAUCCCAUUCGAGUAGGUUCCACCGAACACGAAGAUCUUUUUCUUUGCUUUGCCAACUGCCGCGUUGGAUCGUGGCACGUUUAGUUCUGCCUGGAGUAGACUCCACAUGUCCGUCACGGGAUCGUAAAGUUCGCAGUUCGAGAGCGGAAGAAAACAGUCCCCCGUUCCACCCACGACGAAGAUUUUGUUCCCCACGACAGCUGCACUGGCAAAGCAUCGCUGUUCGUCCAUCGGUGCGACGGCCUCCCAUUGGUCCCUCUCAGGGUCGUAUUUUUCUACGCUGUUGAGCCCCAGGUUUUGAAGCCCAUCAUGGCCGCCAAUCGCGUAAAUAUAUCCGUUUAAGGUCACAGCGCAAAGCCCUCUUCUGACAGAGACCAUUGUGGCUAAAUCUUCCCAAGAGCUGUCCACUGGUUUGAAACACGACACGCCAUGUUCCUUGAGCACAUAGAUACUACCCUCGAUCGACACAGCCGCCAUUGGUCGAUUACCGACAUCCGACAGUCUUUCCGACCACAGGUUCUUUCGCGGGUCGAAUUUCUCGAUCGUGAUGCGAUCGUCCUCCCAGCCGAUUGCAUAGAUAAAGCCUUCGCAGAUUGUCAAUGCUCGUAUCUCGUUAUAACUCGGUAAUCUAACCAAGUCGAUCCAUGCUUCUGUCGCAGGAACAUAACAGGAAGCACACCCGUUCUUGCUGACUAACACAAUGCUUUCCGUAACACCUCGCGGCUCGUCACGCUCUUCAUUUGCGAAACUAAGCACCUUCGUGACUAAACUGUGACAUUCGUGACUGCGUGACACAAACUCGUCACGGCUGAUGACGUCCAAAAUGAAAUUAAUUGACAUGGCCGAUAAACGAACGAAGCGGAGGAAAAGUUCAUCGAAAUAACUCUCUCUCUUUUCAAAGUCGUGCUUCACCCACGCUUUUAUUCCUUCGAAGACCUCUUCCUCUCCUUUUUGUGUUUUAAUAGCAAGUCUUUCGCCCGAAAAAAGUUUCUUUACUUCCGCAAUAUCUAAAGAAACAAACUCUUCUGUAUGCCAAAUGGCGCUGAGAUUGUUGCAUAUGUAAUCAGUGGCUGCUUCAAAAAGAAGUUCGUGACGGUAUCGAUCGGCUAACGUUUGGGCCGAUAAACAGUUGGAUGGUUUGAGGCUAAUAAUUAAAAACUCUGCACACAGUUCUUUGAGGUUGGGAAUGUCAAAAUAAUCAGCCACUACCAUCAAUUCUUCGGCGUUUGCUUCAGUGAUUCCAACUUCCCCGGUGUAAAGAAAAUUCAAAAGCUCUUCGAUGCUGUCAGGAUCAAAUUCCGGCAGAUUGACUUCCAACUCCUUGCUUGCUUUUUCUUCAGUCAAGUCACUCGUAAAGGAAGCUUUAAAGAACGGGCUACUCGCCGCGAGAACAACUUUGUGAGCUGGAAGACGGCGGUUUCCAACAACGAGAAACACGUCGCAAAAAGCUUGUGACUUUCGAAACGAGUGCAUCGUAUGAAGCACACUUUGUCUCUGGCUGGAUUUCCACGAGCUUUUUUCAGAUUCCAUAGUUGCGUUGAACUACAAAAUCUUACCGCACUUAUCACCCUUUUUCUCGCUACUCUUGAGAUGUAAACGGAAUUUGGCGAAAAUAAGGCAAUGAACAAAACAGGAAAAUCAGUAAAGCGUGUCAGCGGUCAUAACAGUCGAUCACGUAAACAAGAUUGGUUUGUGUUGGUUGGUGUCAAUGCUUUCACGCGGUCUGGACCUAACAUUCCAAACAUUUCGACUGUUUGGAGGCAAAAUUGAAGGUUUUUCGAGAAAAUUUGAAAGAAUCUUUAUUAUUUUUAUUAUUCCUCUUUUUCUCUAACACCUGCUCCAUGUGCUUAAAAUCUAAAAUGUAUGCAAAUCAGCCUAUGCAUUAAGAACUCAGCGUAACGAAAGAUGUCUACGGUGCAGUGUUUAAAUAUUUUUUGUCCUUUUUCCAAGUAAAAAUUGUCCAUAGCAGCUUUCUAAUUUUUCUGCAUUAAAAUUAAAUUUCUUCUUUACUGAUUAUAAAAAUUUACAAUCACCCUGAUAUUUUGUAAUCAUAUCUUUCCUGCCCAUCGAAAUCCCAUUGCGCCAUAAAAUCUAGUCUUUACUGUACAUCAUUGAGGUGUGAGAUAAAAUUGAUAGGCUUUUGCUUGACAUAGCUAUUUUCCACAUUCUCUACACAACCUCAGGGGGGAAUCCAGGAUUUUUUUCAGUUAGGAGGCAGUGCACCACUAACAAAUGGCGUAACUGAGUGGUGACAUAAACAAAUUUUAAAAGCGAAUACGAAGAACAAGGCUUUUGACUAGGCAAUAACAUAAUGUGAACUGCUGAGAAUACGUAUCGUACAUAUCUGCAUAUUUUGCAGGAUACCAGUUGUAUUAGAAAGUUUCAGGUCAUCUCGCCAGGGGGGGGGUGCGCACCCCCCGCACCCUCCCCGCAGAACCGCCCCUGAACCUUAAAAUUGAUUAUUUGAUGUUAUUUUAGCGUAUUUAGGAGAAAGCGGCAGAGAAUUGUCCAAAGCUCGGAAAUGAAGCCUGGCAGAACCCUAAGAGUAAAGAGAGAUCAACAUCAAAUUUGUCUAGCUUUGUGAUAUCAAUGUUUUUUUAAAAACAGAGUGGUAGUGAGAAUUAAAGUUAUGAUCACACAAGAUAAAUUUGUUACAUAUUUUAGCAAGUUCUCCCCAAUGCUUCUAUAGUAAAUAUAUAGGAGCAAAAAAAUUACAAUUUUUAUUUUGGAACAAGGUUUAAAGGGUUAAUCUAUCUUGAAGUCUGGCUAUUUGAAUACUUUGCAACGCUUUAUUUAAAAAGUUUGUUGAGUCACACAGUCUUAUCUUUGACAAAACUUUUUCCUGAUUACUGAGAUGUAUCUUCUAGGUUGAUUUCCUCUUGUAUUAUUAGUAAUUAACCAGGUCGAGAAAAACUCGGCCCAGGUCUAUUUUUUCGUGUAAAUUUCUAUCCUUUAAUCAUUUUCUUGGUCACACAGCAGCCUGUUACUUUUCAGCGACUUGAAGAGUGUGUCAGGAAGCCAUGUGGCACAAGCGAGAUUAAAGUUCUCUGUGGACGGUAUCCUGCCGAUUUUUUCCCAUUCUUCUUUGUCAAAAUCGUAAUAUUCCACAAUCCCGUCAGUGAAAAUUCCCCCGAAUACAAAAAUGGUCUUUUUCGCUUUGCUAACUGCCGCGUUGGAUCGUGACACUUUCAGUUUUCCCGGAAGUAAACUCCACAUGUUCGUUACAGGAUCGUAAAGUUCGCUGGUCCAAAGCGGCAGAAAGUCCCCUUUUCCACCGACCACAACAAUUUUGCCCCCCACAACAGUCGCACUUGCAUAGCAUCGAUGGUGGUUCAUCGAGGCGACGGCCUCCCAUUGGUCCCUCGCAGGGUCGUAUUUUUCUACGCUGUUGAGACCCAGGGGUUCAAGGCCUUCAUGGCCCCCAAUCGCGUAAACGUGUCCGUUUAAAGCCACAGCGCAUAACCCCCUCCUGACCGAGGUCAUCCCAGCUACAUCUUCCCACGAGUGGUCCACAGCAUUGAAGCGGGACACGAUCUGUUCUUGGAGGACAUAAAUACUGUCCCCAAUAGACACGGUCGCCAUUGGACGGUUUCUUCUAUCCCAUAAAAUUUGCGACCAGAGAUUAUUUUCUGGGUCGAAUUUCUCUAUUGUGAAACGAUCAUCCUCCCAGCCAAUCGCGUAGACAAAACCCUUGCAAGUUGUUACUGCUCGAACCUUGUUAUAACUUGGUAAUCUAGCCAAGUCGAUCCAUGCUUCGGUCGCGGGAAUGUAACUCGAUGCACACCCGUUUUCGCUGACUAGCACAAUGCUUUCCGUGACACCAAGUACCGCCGCGAUCAAACUUUGACAGUCGCAACUACGUGUCACAAGCUCGUCAUGAUUGAUCAGAUCCAAAAGAAACUCGUUGGACAUGGCCGACAAACGUACACAUUGGAGCAGUUCAGCGACGUAACUCUCCCUGUAGAUCAUGCUUCACCCAAGUUUUUAAUCCCUCAAAAAGUUUCUUCCUCUCCUUUUUAUGUUUGAUAGCCAGUCUUUCGCCCGAAAAGAGUUUCUUUACUUCCGCAAUGUCCAAGGAUUUAAACUCCUCUUCAUGCCAAAUAGAGUUUAGGUUGCUGCUUAUGAAAUCAGUAACUGCUUCGAAAAGAGGUUCGUGAUGGUAGCGGUCGGCUAACAUUUGGGUUGACAAACAGUUCGCUGGUUUAAGUCGUUUUAGUAAAAACUGUGCACAAAGUUCUUUGAGGUUGGCGAUGUCGUAGAAAUCGGCUAAGGCCAGCAUUUCUCCCACAUUUUUGUCGGUCAUUUCAAUUUCCCCAGUAUAAACAAAAUUCAAAAGUUCUUCAAUUCUAUCGAGACUAGGAUUAAACUCCGGUAGUUUAACUUCCAACUCGUGUCUUUCCUGUUCUUGAGUCAAGUCACUCGUAAAUCGAGUUUUGAAGUAAGGGCUGCUCGCGGCGAGGACAACUGUGUGAGCUGCAAGACGGCGGUCCUCGACCAGAAGAACUAUGUCGCAAAAUGCUCUCGUUUUUCUAAACGAGUUCAUCGUAUGCAGUAUGGUUUGUCUUUGUUUAGAAAACCACGUGCUUACGCUUGGGCUUUUUUCAGGUUCCAUAGUUGUGUCGAGCGACAAUUUCUUAAAAAUAAAGGAUUAAAUUAGCUGCAAAAACCAUGGACGAAGAUCCUGCUAGUUGUAAACGUUGGAUCUCUAGAAAAGAGAUCAAAUCAGCCAAAAUAUAAAGAAAUAAAAGGGAGAGGCGGAAAUGACGUACAACAGAAAAACUGGAAUUAUUGUAAUCCAUAUCCUUAGUAUUUUUCCUUUCCAGUUUUUAUGUUGUACGUCAUUUCCGCCCUUCCCUUUUAUUGCGACAUUCUCCAUUUAUAUAAUAUUGUGAUUGCUACAUAAGUUCAGUAACAUCUGUAAACCUGAAGAAGGCUGGUAUGGCCAGCCGAAAUAUUGUUAUAAAAAACAAUAAUCAGCUUUGCAGUAGUCUUUGGUCUUCUUGUUCUUGGUACAAUUUCUUAACUUGUUUGUGACUCUCGUUUCUCUCUGUCUUGAUGCAAAAUUAUGACCUAUAUAUAAUUUGACCUUUUUCUUGAGAGGUUUGACUUUUCUCAUAUUACUGUUUGUUGUUUUGAUAGCUGGCUCACGUGGUCGAUCUUCACCUCUUCCUCGGUCGACCGCUGAAGGAGGCCCAAAAGGACUCGCAGGCUCAAGAUGAUGGUCUUAUAGGCACGGUUCCUCAGCAGUUUGUGGAUGACGAGCAGAACUUCCUGAAAGCAGCGCAUGAUAAGUCACAUGACCUUGUAAGUGACAGAGAUUGGCCAUUUCCGAGUUCCCCCGGGCCUCUGUUCCAAAGCGAGGCUAAGUACAAAACCAUUGAUGUGAAAAUGAGUUUUAAUUUUCAUGGGAAUAAAACUCAUUUUCACAAGAAAGGAUUUGCACUCAGCCUUGUUUUUAAAGAAAGAGUUUUUGGAACUCGGAAAUGACCUCUUGACUGUUUGCCGUGCCAAUUACCGCAGGCUAUCAAUCCACUCGAUUCUUUGUACGAUUUCGUAAACUUUUUCGGGGGAAAAAGGUUUGUCCCCAAAAGUUUAUAGAGAAUUUCAGGGAACGUAAAAUUUGCCGGCAUUGGCCGUGUACAAAAAGAGAAAUUCGUUGACGACUCAAAAGUGGAGCUGUCAAGCUAACAAUUCGCUUUGUAUUGUGUCCAGGUCUCUCUCCGCCAAGUAGCAGCCAAUGGCUACAAACAGUACAUGAAGUCCAGACCCUGUGCAUCUUCAGAAUCCGUCAAGCGAUCCAAACAGAUAGACACCACUACUCUGCCCAUUCAUCCGCUAUUCAGUAAGUGUUAAAAAGGAAGUCGCUGGAUGUUCAUUUAUUUCUGUUAAACGGGGUAUUUUCCGUUUUGGUUAGCUCAUAGGUCAGGAAGAAAAACUUCUCGCGCCUUCGUUGCUCAAAAAGGUGUGAGCGAAUCCAUUUGGCCUGUUUUUUGUUUGGGGAUGCCUUCCACAAAAAUGACGUCAUCAUCAUCAUCAUCAUCAUCAUCAUCAUUAUCAUCAUAACUCACGUAAUUAAAACCAAGAGAUUGCUUCGAUGUUUCCAUGGCUUUAAUUUUUAUAUUUGUUCUGAUGUUUUUAGAAUCUGAUAAUGUAAGUUCCAGCGAGGCGUCUGCCACAAGAGUUGACAUCAUGGAUGGAGUGAGAAACUUCCGGCCGAGGCAGGUAAGAAUAGUUUAAAGGGGCUUUUGGUUUUAGUCCAAAGGAUCUCUUGCAGAUCUCUUGCAGAUGAAGACAAACAAUUCUAGAAGUACGUAGAAGUCAUUGUUUGUGACUGGUUCUAUACACUUUUAAAGUAUUUAAGCCAUUUUUUUGUGUAUACGACACUCAACAGCGUUUUAAUGCAGAUUUAUGAAGAUCUCCAAAGACUGUCGAUAAUUCUACCAACACCGUGGGAUUUCAAGAGGCAUGUUGUUGUCCUGAUGGGCUAAAUCAAUAAGAUAAACAGUUGUGGAGUUAACUUGCUUGUUUGUUUGUUUUCGUUUUGUAGACGAUUUUCGAAAUAGGAUCAACAUCAAAAUCCACGGCGCAGUCAGUCAUGAUGUCAAAACGGUUUGUAAAUCAUCUAAGAAAUCAUUUUUGGUGUUGGGUUUUGAAUUUUCCGCGAUCUUGUUAUUUCUGCUAUUAAAACAAGUGACAUUUUCGAGCCAAUCAGUCAGACCAUUAGUGCAAAAGUUAAAAGUUAGUUUUGACUGUAGUUUUCCCAUUUUGUUUUCAUACGAAUUUCGAUGAAAUAGUAGUAAUAUAAUUGUGAUUAUUAUGGAUAGUUGAAGUAUAGUUGUCUUACUGUUAGAAGGUAACGCUAGUGCACGUCACGCUGCUUGGCAACACUCUUUUAAAUGUUGUUAGUUACGUUGCGUCAUUUGUUUUAUUCUUUUAAAGGAAACGUCACAGUGAAGUCAUUGAAAAAGCACAGAGGCUCAAAAAAGACGAUUCCUUGACUAUCCAGGGGAGGGGUGGUAGCAAUGAACGUGGAGGAAAUGGCAGUAAUGUGACCAGUGAUGAAAUGAUGGUGAGUUGUUACUACAAUCUCGACCGUCAUAAUUGUUGCAGUGCUAGCGGAUUUCAUCGAUCUUUCCACUACAGACCCGUGGAAGCGUAUUUGCCCUGCGGUUAACACCUGGAACACAGGUCUGUAGGACCGGGUUCAAGCCUUGUUUUUCCAUUUUAUUCGACAAGAGCCCUGCUUCACUACCUUUCUCUUCACUCAGGUAUAUAAGUGGGUAUCCUGGGACACACUGUUGAGAGGGUAGUCCUGUGAUAGACUCUCGUCUCAUUGAGGGAGGGGGAGGGGUAGCAAUACACUACCAAGUGCUUCAUGUAACAGAAACCGUGUGAAGCUCUGGCUAUGUGGGCCUUCUUGGCUUAUGCACUAGCACCUUUUAAGACCCUUGGAAACCAACAAUGGGGAGGGGGGAGGGGGAGUAAUAAGUGUGCGUACCUAAAGACGUAGGGGAUCUUAUGUUUUGCAAAUUGUUUUAACUAAUUAUAUCCGCGAUUAAAGCUUUAACUUUUCGCCGAAAAGUGAGGAGAGUUAAACUACCGGAAAAUGUUUGCUUUCCUUUUUCAGGGCGUGUUUGCCACUGUAAUUGAUCCCACAGAGAAAAAGAAACGAAGGAAGUCCAAAUCAGAGCCUGAAGGUGCGUUUAUCAUCACUGUUUGCAGCAGCGAACAUGGUUCAACUUAGAUCGUGUCCAGCCGAGGUUUUAACUAUCAGAAGGAUUAGCGAUAUAAUUUACCCUAGCUUAGACGUUUACUUGUCGGAUGUGACUUUGGCGAGGGCUUUAUUUCUUAGUUUUAAGAAAUGCUCUUUGUGAACUCGUAUGUUUUUUUUCUGUCGAUUGAACAGAUCGAUCGUCGAAUUCGUGAGACAGCCAUCUGGAUUUUACUCCCUAUUUCAAAGUCAAGAUGGAUGCCUCACGACUACUCGCAUUUAGUCAAACUUAGUGAUCUUUCUCUAAAGUCUCAUCGAAGAACGAUCUACGCUUUACGCUUUUCUUUCUGUGAUUUGCAUUACCAGGUCAUUCCAUGAAAAGCUUCAGAGACGAGAACUAUAUUCCCCACACUGCGUCCGAUUUUUAUGGCGAGAAAGGACUAGGGUAAGUAUGAUGAACUAGGAUUUGUUAUUAUUGUUGUUUGUUUACUUGCUUUUCCAAUUUACCUUGAUCUUUGCAACAAACCCUAACACAGGGAAAUCCGCCCAAAAUAAGAUCUUUCGAUUGAUUGAUUGAUACUUUUUAUUGUAAUUUUAAAGAUUUCGUCCAUAGAAAAACAUUAGGGGAAAGAAAUGUUCAGUUAAUAUUUGUCUUUAUGAUCACUAGAUCAAACCCUCGCGUACUGUAGUUAUGGUUUCUUGUAGGCUUGGUUUGAACUCGUUUGAGAAGGAUGUGUCUGGUGCUGUCAUGGACAUAGAAGCUGAUGAGGAAGAAGGAAUGCGGAAAGCGAAAACAAUCAAGAAAUGGUAGUGAAAAAACUUAUGACGAUGCGGUUAGACUGUUCACAGUCCCCUGUUUUUUCGUGAGAUCGUCGAGAUAUAGCGCGUCUUACCGUUAAUGGCGACCAACCUGAUUUUCAAGUGUAUCGAGGGGGCGGGCGUCGUGGUUUAUAGCUGUAGGGGGCGGUUUGAGAGGAAGCGAGAGUCAGCUAAUUUUUUUUUCUGUUGUUUUACGCCACUACCAUCUGAUGAAGUUAUUUAAGAUGACGUUUCAGAAAUCAUGAACUUUCCUAUUUACAAUAGUGAUCAAAAUAGUCAAAUACAGAUGAUCAAAAUAGUCAAAUACAGAGAAACAAAUUGCACCAUAUAACAGUACUACCUGAGUGGUCAUACCACAGGAUUUUUUCUACUACCCAAAAGAUAAGGCUAUGUACCUAGUAAUUAGCACCAUGUGAAAGUACUGCUGAAACUGAAAAAGUUUCAUUUGAAAGGUCACACCAUAGGAUUUCGUUUGUAGACUUAGAAGCUCAAAGACGAGAAGUAGGGAUUCUUUUGUUAUCCAGAUACCCACUCAAUGAUUCAAGCGAUCUAACGUGUUUUUUUUUGUUCGUUGUUUGUUUCGGUUUUCAGGGAUCGAAAGAGGAAAAACUUUGUUGGUGAAGAUGGCAACACGAAGAAAAUAAGAACAGAGAGUGGAGUGCGUAUUCCUGCUACCUACAAGAAGAACAUGUAUCCUCUUCAAACUUCACAUAUGCUUAUCAUUUUUUUUUUAAUAUAGAUUUUCUUCUUAUCAGUCUAGUUAUUUCUCCUUAAACCAUUCUGCCUCUUUCUCGGAGGGCCUGUCUUUGUCGUUGGUUGUCGUCGUUCAGUUUCUUCGAAAGUUUUUCGUACGUGUGUCUGCUUCAACCUUUAAGGGUUCGCUUUUUUCUCGAGUUGCAAUCCCGGUACCCAAGUUUGAAUACUGAUUUAACCUUAGAACAAAUUUUACGGACAAAAUUAUCGCUUGCUUCCGUAGUAACAAUAGUUAGACGUUGCCGGAUUGGAUAGCAAACAAAGGGCGAGUUAUUUAAACCGAGUUUAGCCCGUGUUUAACAGAACCACGUUCUAAGCCAUUUUUAGUUUGCCCAACGCUUUUAUCUAAACACCAUUAAUCGUGAACAAUUUUAAUAAAGCGUAUAGCGUAGACUGGAAAAGCACUUACGUCAGGCAACUGCUAAUGAAACGUAUCCCUCAAUCUGUCAUAGGUAGUUGGUUUCCUUCUUUGUCUGAACGCAUCUUAAGUCGGUGAGUUUAUGGUUAGGUGCUUGUUUUUCGUUUUUCCUUCACUAUCGCAACACAGCUAUCAGGAAUGGCUACGGAGAAACAGAAUGGAUGUUCCCGGAUCUGAUGACCGAGAGGAGAAUGGAACGAAACUAGGACACAACAAAGGAAAGAAAGGUGUCAAAAAUAUGACUUCUAACGGCAUUACUGUUAAAAAUGUGGAAAACUGGGCCUGGUUAACUUUCGUAAAGACUUCUGGGACUGUCACUGGGGACAAAGAAAAAAAAAUUGGCCAAUAGCUGACAGGCGCGUCCUCAGUAAGAAUCCCAGAAACAAUUGCGGGACACACUCAGCUCCAGUCCUCUUCUCGUUUCUCAACCUCGUUCCCAGGGUUCUCUCCUACCCGUCCUAGGGAGGGUGGGUAGGAGAGAACCCUGGGAACGAGGUUGUUCGUUUCUAAAGUGGCGAAUGAUAAAUAGUCGGCAUUUUUGACGAAAGAAGAAUCUUCGCAUCAAAUGUAGUCAUUACUUUUGCAUAUUAUGUCACGAAUGCACUCUCAUUUGGGCCUAAAAGUACACGGGGGUGGAGGAACUGGGAGUCCUCCUGUACCGUGCAUUCCCGGCUGCCGCCUCUUUUCCUUACCCUUCUCUCUUUAGCCCGUUUUCAAUUGCUAAAUAUUAAGCAUUGUUGCGUAAUUUCCCCCUAUAUUUCCCCUUCCCACCCGUCUCCAGUACCAGUCCCAACCCCUAUUCUCCUGGGCUCUCCUCCCCCCUGUCCUCCCCCUGUACACUUUCAGCGGGAAACGUGGAGAGUCCGUCUGCGAAUGCACGGGGUGGGGGGGGGGGGGGGGGGGGGGGGGGGGGGGUUAAAAAAUUUUCCCGGUGAAACAUUUUUUUUUUUUGCAGCCCCUGCUGCAAAUAACUUUUUUGGGGUUUCCGUUUUUUUUCAAACCCUUUUUUUUUCUUUUAUACCCUUUUUUUUCGUGCUUCAAGCUGUCGAAAACAAUUAUGUUGUGUUGUAUUGUGUUUUUGAUCCUGGACCCUCGGCUCCUGUCAGCCUCGUGGGGGACGCCUGGGGCGACGGGUGCGGUGGGGGGGGGGGUGGGGGGGGGGGGGCGGGGGCGGGGGGGGGGGGGGGGUGGGAGGAGGGUGUGUGGUUAAGAAAUUUUCCCGUGCAAACAUUUAUUUUGUAUGCAGCUCCUGCUGCAAAUAACUUUUUUGGUGUCUCCGUCUUUUUGCAAACACUUUUAUUUACUUGUAUACACUUUAUUUCAGUGCUUACAGCCUCUGCAAACAAUUUAUUUUACAAUUUUCCAACCGCCGCCCCCCUCCUCUCCGUCAAAAAAUAAUGGCCCGUCCCUUAAAAUUAAAACCAUGUAGAUAUUCUGUACGACCUGAUUUUUUGCUCUCUUCUUUUGCUUCAACAGGAAAAAGUUUUGUCAAAAAAGGUAAAAACCCACGCGGAAGCGAAUUGAAAUCCAAGGAACAGAUCUUAAAGGCACGGCACAGAAAGGAAAAAUUGAUGCAACGACAAAACAAGGGUCGACCAAGAGGAAAAGGCAACAAGGGUAAAUUUGGCAGAAAAAAGUGAAGAGACUGAUCACGUGAAAAUAAAACGUUGUCGAUAACACCCGAAGAUAAACCGAUCAUUACCGAGUGCUCGUCCGUUGUGCGCUUUCACGUCAUGUCACUUGGAAAAGCCCCGUACUAAACACUUCGGGCUUGAACGUUUUGCAAAAAGAGAGGAAGUUCUUUUCUUGAAGAAGGAAGUAAUGCCGGCAAAAGAAUGAUUAACCGCAGUUUUGUUUAAAGAGAAACAUUGUUAUUAAGUUUUGACAGAGAGCAAAUGUAUUUUGCUAAGC